CCGAAGGAGCCUCAUUCCUGGUUCAAUCCAUUCCCAAGAUAUUUUUAGGAAUAUCUCGCCGAAAGGAAACUUUGAACAAAGCAAGGCCAUGAUCACAGCGGCAGAGUAUGGAGAAACAUCAUGGGAGCUGGCAGUGCAGGUGGAUCAAAGAGUUGGGGAUGAGUCCAUGAAAUUUAAGCUUCGAGUGAAGGGAGACUUGCAUAUUGGCGGCCUCAUGCUAAAGCUGGUUGAGAAGAUCAAAGCACCUCAGGACUGGUCAGAUCAUGCCUUGUGGUGGGAACAGAGGAAAUGCUGGCUACUCAAGACCCACUGGACGCUGGAUAAGUAUGGAAUUCAGGCUGAUGCUGUCCUGCGAUACACACCCCAGCACAAACCCCUGUUACUGCAGCUCCCAAACAUGAAAACCGUCAAAAUGACCGUCAGCUUCUCCAGUGUGGUCUUUAAAGCAGUGACAGAGAUCUGUCGAGUACUCAACAUAAGGAGAGCAGAGGAACUGUCCCUGCUUAAGCCUCCAGAUGAUCCCUCUAAGAAGAAGAAGAAGAAAGACAAGGACUCGUCACAGGACAUCUGGGACAUUGAUUUACUCAGCGGGGGACCAGGAGGCACAGGUCCCAUGUACAGUAAGACCAUGACAGCCACAUAUGAUCCAGAGAAUGGGAUGCCGGUGUCAGCCACCAGCCUUUGGUUUGGAGAAAAUCCUCUCGCUGAGUCACAGCCAAACCUACCGCCUGCUGAGCUGGCCAAGUUGUACCAGCCGCUCUCACUAGUGGACAAAGCAGUCAACAAUGCAGGGUGGUUGGACUCAUCUCGCUCUCUUAUGGAGCAGGACAUUCAAGACGAAGAAAGGCUGCUGCUUCGCUUCAAGUACAAUGUGUUCUUUGACCUCAAUCCAAAAUAUGAUGCUGUCAGAAUAACACAGCUGUAUGAACAAGCCCGCUGGUCCAUCCUGCUGGAAGAGAUAGACUGCACUGAGGAGGAAAUGCUGAUGUUUGCUUCUUUACAGUAUCACAUUUGUAAGCUGACCAUGUCAAGCGAGCCUCUGGACCGCUCCAACGAACCAGAAAUAGAUGAAGUAGAGGCUGCUCUGUCCAACCUGGAGGUGACACUUGAAGGCGGACACUCAGACAGAAUUCUGGAAGACAUUACCGACAUUCCAGAGCUGGCAGAUUCCCUCCGCCUGUUCAGGCCUAAAAGACUAACACUGCGGCCAUACAAAGAGUACUGGUUUGUAUUCAAGGACACAACCAUCUCCUACUUCAAAAACAAAGAAACGUCCAAUGGAGAACCAAUAGAGCAGUUUCACCUCAGAGGUUGUGAGGUUGUCCCCGAUGUCAAUGUGACUGACAAGAAGUUUGGCAUCAAGCUCCUGCUUCCUGUUGCUGAUGGGAUGAAUGAAGUGUACAUCCGAUGUGACAAUGAAACACAGUAUGCAAAAUGGAAAGCUGCAUGUGUCCUGGCCUCAAAGGGCAAGACGAUGGCCUACAGCUCCUACAAGUCAGAGGUGAAGAACAUCCAGUCCUUUUUGCAAAUGAAGGUCCUGGCGCCCCCUCCUGGUCAAGCAGCUCCUGACAUAGAAUCUAUGGAGAUGAAUGCUGAGUGUUUUGUUUCCCCAAGAUACGCCAAGAAGCACAAGACCAAACAGCUAACAGCACGUAUCCUGGAGGCCCAUCAAAACAUAGCCCGGCUGUCACUGAUGGAGGCCAAGAUGCGGUUUAUCCAAGCCUGGCAGUCACUUCCAGAGUUUGGUAUCAACUACUACAUUGUCAGGUUCAGAGGCAGUAAGAAGGAUGAGAUCCUGGGGAUCUCAUACAACCGUCUGAUUCGUAUUGACAUGUCCUCUGGUCUGCCUGUCACCACAUGGAGGUUCGCCAACAUGAAGCAGUGGAAUGUUAACUGGGAGAUCAGACAGGUGACCAUUGAGUUUGACCAGAAUGUGUCGAUAGCUUUCUGCUGUUUGAGCUGCGACUGCAAGGUGGUGCACGAGUUCAUCGGCGGUUACAUCUUUCUCUCCACAAGAUCAAAAGACCAGAAUGAGACACUAGAUGAAGACUUGUUCCAUAAACUCACUGGAGGCCAAGAAUGAGCAAAGACAUAAGCCUUCCCAUCCUAUAGUACAACUAAUGUUCAUGUUACAAUGUGAAAGUGCAGAACGCAUCUACUGUAGGAAUAUUCACCCUGAAAACUGAGCUAGUAACUGCAAGAAACUCCACAUCAUCAUUUAUCCUGCCAUAAUGUACCCUGCACUAAAAAAAUAAUGGUGUUAAUGUAAAUACAGUAUUUAGUCCAGAUUUGUCUGUCUGUCAAAACUGGGAUUAACUGACAUUCAUGAGAUUUUUAAGGUCCAAAAGAAGAAAAAUGACUGUGCAAAACAAUAAGGGGUGUUUUUGUAUUUUACAGCUUGUUUUACUUUUUUAA